ACCUUUUCAAUAAUAACAUUUGUAUUGAAUUGCUAUGAAUAUUCUUGUAAUUUUAUAUUUAAAUAUAUUUCAAAUAAUUUAUUCAUAUUUCAUUGCAGUUCUUCGACUCUAUCUUAGGACAGACUAAACUUUCUGUAAAAUCCGCCUCGUGUUGUGAAUAUAUCAAAUUCUUUGAGAAUUAGCUUGGAAUAUAUUUAAUCAUGGCGGAGAAUACAUCGUGGCUUCUUGGAGGAAGUUCCCAUAACAAGCAACAAAUUCGAACAGACUGGACAAGAUGGCUGGUAGCAAUAUUGCUGGUAACCAGUGGUUUUUUGUUGUCCAUUUGUAGGCGCAUAUUUGCGGUAGCUAACAAUGUAACUAUAGGCGAUCUUCAUAUCUCUAACCAAACGUUCUACCUUUUGACACUUGCUGGGGAUAUUGGAAUGUUGAUUGGAUCACCCAUUGUGGGAUAUAUUGCCAUGGUAAAGCAAACAAGAGUGAAGAUCUGGUUUAUUGUAAUAUUUGCAAUAUUAUGGAUUUCGUUCGUGAUAUUCGCACUUGCAUUAUUUCUCCAGUACACGAUGGCUUUAUGCAUUGCGGCACAAAUUGCCAUAGGCAUCGGAUCAAGCAUAUAUUUUAUGCUUAUUCCCCUUUCUGCUACAGUUUGGUUUGGUGAACGAGAGCAGGCAACAGCGUUCAGUUUAGGUUGGUCUGCUAUGCUAUUUGCAGGCUUGUUCUGUUCCUUUUUACCGGGUACAAUCGUGUCCAAACUCUACGCCAUAAAUGGAGAUGACACCCUCAGUCGUACCAUGGCACGUAUGUUUGUUGCUCUUGGAUUUUUGAGUUCCGGGUUAUUGAUGGUUGCUUGCGUCAACUUCCCGAAUUUCCCAGCGACACCACCUUCUUAUGCUGAAAUGCAACGUUUGGCUCUUACGAAGCAAAUGGGAAAUGAAACUCUGUCUUAUGCGCUGCGUCGUUUCCUAAAGGAAAUACGAUUUCUCAUUACGGACAGGACAAGUUUUAUUCUGGCAUUAUGGUUCAAUCUCAAUAUCGCUAUAUAUGUAGCGGAAUACACUCGCUUUCCACCGCCAACAAGUCCCGAUUUACUAGCGUUUUCAUCGGGCGGUUUCUUUGGUUGCAUAUUUAUGGGAAUUGCCCUCGACCGUCUAAAAUCUUACAACCCACUUGCAAAUAUCAUGGGAGUAUCAACAAUAAUUAGCAGCAUAUCAGUGACUCUAAGCUGUGCUUCAAAAUGACGGAUUUAUUUAUCGUCAGUAAAGUAUUUUACGGAUUCACCAUGAUGGCAUCUUUCCCUUUCAUACUUGAAAUAUUGAAACAGCAUGUUUAUCCCAGAAUACACGACACGACGCAAGGAGUUUUUGUAGCUAUAACAGGAAGUAUUCUUCACGCAAUCGUUCCGCCUUUGAUGAGUAUCGCUACAGACAAGUACGGGAAGGUAGCGUUUUAUGUUGUCACAUCGAUUUUGCUUUUUGUCAGUGAAAUUUUGAUACUUUGCAAUAAUCCUCAGCUGAACAGAUUCACUUUUGAAAAUGAUUCCACGAAAAAAGAAGAUGAAAGAGUACCGGUGAUGGAGGGAGAACCUUCACAUUGACAUUUUUAGUAAUAAAUGAGGAUCUAACGCAGUUCUGCUCAAAACUGCUGUAACCCGAUGUAACUUCACUAAAAGUACUCUGCGCUAUUGUUUCAGGCGAAUCAUUUGACAAAGAACAUGAGGACAAAAAUGGCUGUAGCGAAUUGGUAAAACAACAUGGUUUGGUGUGUGCAAUUUUGCUGCAAUAGAAUUUCAUGUGAAGUUUUUUUUUUCAUCACAUUUGCGUUACAUAUUUUCCAGAGUUCAGCACGAAAUGGUUUAUAUUUCUUCAAAUAAUAAUAAAAUAAAAUGUGUUCUGAAAUCAUAAUAGAAUUACCCCAAUAGCACUGAAUUCCGACAAAUAUUUACCGUUAUGUGAGAUCUUCGUUUGUUCAAUAUAUAUAUAUAUACAAAACGGAACUUCAUCGAGAUUACAAGAGCAACAAAUGCUACGACAAACCCACAGACAGAAGAAAUUGAUAUGUUCCUCGGCUGUAUGCAUCAGCUGACGAGCUAAUAUUCGCUUGGCGGAAAGCUCAAAAUUUAACCUCACAUAGAAGACCAAAUGCUGGAAUGAUUCAAAUUAUUGAAAGCGAACAAAACCGUUAGUGGUAUUUUAGCCCAACUUGAAACUCCACACGGCUGUAUUUGAGGUGUUUUAUCAGCGGUUCCAACCGGGGGCCACGGAGCAGUUGGAGAUGCCACAAUGCUGGGCGCAAAACUUAUUUUACUUUUCCCUUUUGGGGAAAAAUCCCUAGCUUCUUAGUUUCAUUGCUUGACAAGGUUAUUUCACGGGGUGAUUUCACUUUGUUGGGCAUGAAUUGUUUAAACCCGAUGGGAUUUGGAAUACACCGAUCAAAAUACCACUAUGAAUACCAUUGAAAUAUUAACGGGGGGGGGGGGGGGCAUGAGUGCUAUAAGCCUCCGGAAGGGGUUCACGAGCCAUAAAAGGUUAGGAGCCACGUGGAUGUACAUCUGAAUCCAAGCUUAGGACCGAGCUAUAGCGAUCGAAGGAAGUAGAAUUGCAUGAACUACCCGUGAAUAUUACAACAUGCCUCGUUAUAAUGGGAAGAUUCGUCAUUGAAGAAGUAUUUCAUGCAUUCAAUACAGUUUAAUUGUCAUAUUAUCAAACUAAAGUGAUGAUGAACAGUGAGAAUAAAAGUCAAUAAAAAUAAACCAAUCUGGUCGAAAGUUGAAUAAAAUAAUCAGUGGAUGAAUGUUUUACUUGAAAUAAAAUGGAAACCUUUUUAUUCUGAAUAAGUUAUAUUGAAUUAAUGCGAAAUUAUCGGUAUUUUAUGCUGUCAGAAUAAAUAAAAAUGUUGAUUUUUCAUCGGAAAAUUAUAAUUUAAUAACAUUCAUUAACAUCUUCUUAU